CGAGACACAACUGAUGCUGACCUUCCAGAUGACACACAUCUGUGGUGUCGUGUCUCUGAUAUAUGGUGUGCUCUUGCAUUCGGGAGCACCGGUACGUUCCGAUGGUGACGCCCCACCAGUGGCGGCCGACCAUACCCUGGAGUUGACGUUAGAAGUGAUACGACUUUUGAAUUAUGUGUCGCUUCUGGAUCUCAAUUUCGUUCAGAGUAUUUUGGGCGGUGAGGGGCUAUCCCUACAGCUCCGGCACAUUUGCUCACACCUACUGUGGUAUUGUUCGCACCAUAAAAGGGAACAACUCUUAAAUGAAGUGAUUUUAUUGAUCGGAAACUUCGUUGUGCUUAACGACGAGAAUCAGGUA